UGUGGAGGGUCUGGUCGUGGGGUUAGUGUAGGACUAAAUAACCAUUACAGCAAAAUGGCUUUUAAGGAGAAUAUUUGCUCUGGCUGGCUCAGCAGUUCAUCCAAGUACAUGAGCACACCACCUAAGGUGGACAAUGACCAUGGAAUAAGAUUUCCAAAGGAGCCUGUCUUCUCUGCUUAUACCAUCCAGACAGAUUCAGCAUUCCAAACAGUGGGGACUGGUGGGACUAUAUCCACCACUGCAUCACUGCAGUCUACAGGUCAAGGCAGGGUAAAAGUGCGGGAGUCUUCAAAGGGCAUCAACAGCAGACAGUCAGGAAAGAAAAAAUUCACAAUUGAUGAUUUUGACAUAGGCCGUCCACUGGGUCGAGGGAAAUAUGGAAAUGUUUAUCUGGCCCGAGAAAAAACACUAAAUUUCAUUGUUGCACUAAAGGUUCUGUUCAAAUCCCAGCUGGAAAAGGAUGGAGUAGAACACCAGCUCCGCCGGGAGAUUGAAAUACAGUCAAGACUUCGGCAUCCAAACAUUUUGCAGCUCUACAAUUAUUUCCAUGACAGAAAACGUGUAUUUUUGAUUUUAGAGUUUGCACCCCGUGGAGAGUUGUACAAAGAACUUCAGAAAUGUGAACAAUUUGAUGAACAGAGAAGUGCAACGUACAUGGAGGAGAUGGCUGAUGCUUUAACGUACUGUCAUGAAAAUAAUGUGAUUCAUCGUGACAUUAAACCAGAGAAUCUUCUCAUGGGACUGCGAGGGGAACUAAAAAUUGCAGACUUUGGGUGGUCUGUCCAUACCCUUUCACUGAGGAGGAAGACUAUAUGUGGUACUUUGGACUACUUGCCACCUGAAAUGAUUGAAGGGAAGGUACAUGAUGAAAAAGCAGAUCUUUGGUGUCUUGGGGUGCUGUGUUAUGAGUUUCUGGUGGGUAAGCCCCCUUUUGAGAGUCAGAGCACAUCAGAAACGUACAAAAAGAUAGUAAAGGUAUGUUAUAGGUACCAUAGUGGGGGAAAGAUGUUAUAUUUUGAUUUUGUAAAUGUUUUCACAUCCCCAUUUGAGUUAAAGAUGAAGGAUUCUGAAUACUGUUUCUCACCCUUAACAGUGAAGACAUCCUUUUUUGUGAAGGAAAGAGUAUUUGUACUGUGGCAGCUCAACAGUUAA